UCUUCUGCACGGAUAAUCAUCGCAGCGGCAGUAUCACAAACUCCGGCAACAACGCGUUUGGAUUUCUACUCAUUAAACUAGUGGAUUUCUCGACAUGAAUCUCUGGAUUAGCGGUUUUAAAUGGGACAAACCUGAAAAUCGAAGAAGCGAACAGGUUUGUAAAGUAACCGCGGCGUGCUCAUUCUAAUUCAUUUACGAAAUGGAAAUUAAUCUUCGGGAAGGAUUAAAGAUCAAAGGGAGAUUAUCAGCUGUUAUAAAUGUGAUUUUGUUCGGCGUUAUCUGAGCGUAUCAUCUGCCUGGAGUGGAAUAACACCGAUACAUUGUUGCAUUGAUGGAUACAAUCAUUCUGCUACAACCUGUUACAUUGUGGAAUGUCGGGAAUCCUUUGAAGUGGACGCGCGCGCUAUAAUGGAGCGAUUAUGACGUGACUGUAUCGAUCACGACGCGCGGGGAAUUGUACACGUGAAAGAAAUACUGUCAGAAUAUCAAUAGUGAUCUGUUUGGAGGUUCUAGUUGAGUUUGAAAAGUCUGUCAGCUGUCAAUCAUUUCAUGUGUCAAUCAUGUUGACCUGUCAGUGAUACAGCACAUGAACAAGCAUUUAAUGAGUGUUAUAACAAGUGAUAUAAGCUUUAUAAACAGUUACAUUGUUUACAUUGUUAAUUAUAUUCUUUAAUCUGGAAGCACAACACUAGAUAACUGCUGAGCCUGAAUAUUAAGCAAAUAACCAUAAACUCCUCGAUUCUCUGGACACAUUCAGUGGACUGCUUGGAAUUUAGUCUUUUUUUGCUGAGCUCUGAUUGGACGGGCAGCUUUUGGUGGACAGUGCAUAAUGUCUGGCCGGAGCCUGCCACUGCAGCCAGGACAAUGAGGGUUCCUGUGCAGCGAUUGGCUGGGCUCUGGCCGUGGCUACUCGUGGUCACCUUGCAGGUGGCGUUGGGCCACACCGGUCUGGAACUAGCCGCCGCGGUGGACUCCGAGCGAUCCACCUCCAGAGCCAUGAUCAAGGUGACUCUUCUGAAGCAGGAGCCCACCAGCAGUCCCAUCAUCCUGGAAGGGGUGUUUGCCGGAGGCAGCACUGGCUAUGCCGAAGGGAAGCUGAUGCAGUCGCACCCGUUGUCUCUGUGUAACACCAGUGAGGACGAGCGUCAGGAAACAAGCUUCAUCACCAUCGUCAAAUUGGAGAGUCCCGAGAGCAAAGUGCCACAGUGUCAGCCCCUACUGGACAAGGCUCGGUUGGCUCUUCAGCGAGGUGCUCAGGCCGUCAUCUUUGAUAUCACGGAUGAUGCCAGUGCUGCUCAGGAGCUGCGUGAUUCUGGUUUGUUGCCGGGUCCGAUCGUGCUGGUGAAGUCAUCAUAUGCCGAAGAGCUCAUGGGACUUGUCAAUAAGAACGAGGAAGCCAUGGUGCUCAUUGACAUCAAGAUGGAGACUCCAAAAUGGCCUCACUAUGAUGUUGGCAUCCUCUUGACUGUAGCUAUGGCUGUGGUGGCCAUCAUCAUAAUCUUUGCUCUACGCUUCCGAUGCCGGUCCACCAGAACCUGGGACUCGGUGCACCAGCAGACCAUGUGUGCCAUCAGCAGGCUGGAGACACGGACAUACAGCUCUCAGGGAUGCUCUGGGUCUCAGCGUUCUCGCAUGGCGCUGGGGUCAAACAGCAGCUCCAACUCAAGCCCAAUCUGUGCCAUCUGCCUCGAGGAAUUCCUGGAUGGCCAGGACUUGAGAAUCAUCUCUUGUGCUCAUGAGUUUCAUAAGGAGUGUGUCGACCCCUGGCUCCUGCAGCACCGCACCUGCCCACUGUGCAUGCACAACAUCAUGGGUAAACGGCCUCAGGGUCCAGAGCUGGCAUCACGUCAACCCCAAAGGAGCCGACUACCGCCCCUACCACAAGACCACAAUCAGGCCUUUCUCCUUCCCCAUCUAUAUUCAAACCCUCACCCUUACCCGCAGCAUCACCUCCCCUUCUCCCUGCAGCAUCACUACCCCCUCACCCCCUCUGGACCUUUACCUCAAAUGGGACACUCUCCCCCUCUUCAUUCCGGCGCCCUCCGUUGCUUUCCCAGCAGACCGUUGGGUGCUAGUUGUGCGUACCACCUGGCCCCAGACACCCAUCACAGUCAUACGCAUAGAACAGGCAGGCACGGGUGUCGAACUGUGGGGUAUCACAAUGCUGCCCCUAGACGGUCAUGUCACCGUUGUCCUGGAGGAGCCCUACGCAAUGCUGCGGGUUCCCGGGAGCAUCAUGUGGCAUUGCCAGCAAACCAUGGCGCUCAUCAUCACCUGCCACGUGGUGGAGGAUUGCACGGUCGCCAGGACAACGGCAGCAGCUCAGGAGGGAGUUAUCAUACAGAGCGUAGUGGUUACCUGGCCGACGGGCCUGCCAGUGACUCCAGCUCGGGAUCAUACCACGGCUCGUCCAGUGAUUCUGUACUGAACUGUACGGACAUUAGCUUGCAGGGCGUUUACGGCAGCUGGUCAACUUUUCGAAGCUCGCUCAGUAGCGACUACGACCCGUUUGUUUAUUAUGGGCCGGGAAAAUCCCAGCGCAGAGGAAGCAUUGAGGCUGCUCAAAGGCCUCGCUCCCUGGACUCAGUAGUGAAUCACUCGGGGAUUGGAACUGCAGGAGAAGCAGGUGGUAUAUGCUCAGAAGAGCAACAGAAGGUGGCAGUGUUCAAUCAUGUUCACUAUCAUAGACAUAGACACCACUAUUACGAGGACGGGGAGCUUAAUCAAGGGCCCGGUCAGGGCUCUGACGAGGAUCAUGGGGCAUCUUCCUCUGGCCCCUGUAACGUCAUUAAAGACAGAGACUCCGCUGGGUGCCAGAUACAGCCCCAGUCUUGCCACUGCCCCAAAACGGACCUCAGAUUACGGGGCACAGAUGAUCGAGUUCCGGACCCUGUUUCUUCCUCAGGCCACUCUGUGAUCAUCCCCUCCCCUUCGUUUACCUCUCCGUCCUCAGUAUGUUGCCAUAAAGGCUCAGGGUGCCCCACCAGAUGGAAAACAACCGGCUGUACCUUAGAAGCAUCUGGUGGACCUUCGCCGGUUGUACACUUUCAUCAAAACAUGGAUAUUCAAGAUGAUUGUAGCAUUCACAUCCACUACGGAGCAGGAAGCUACUGCUGCACACCUCCACCGGACAUGGCUCCCACACUGCUGCCAGUGCCCCUGAUACUGGACUCGACGGUCAUGGGUGACUGGCCAUGCUGUGGGGGCGCACACAUGGUGUGGCAAAAACAGGUACAACAGGCGCAUUCAGAGCCCCAGCUUCUGGGGCCCUCUUCUGCGGUGGACAGACCCCAGUGUAGGGCCCAUCCAAGCCCAGGCAACAAACUUGCCACAGACAUUUGUCUGUACUGCCAAACUUUACACAACAGUCAGGGGUCAGAGGAAGAGUCUGGUGUUUGAAAAAACUCUUCAUCCAAACCUUCUAACGCUGCUACACAAGAGCCGAACCGGACAAAAACUCUUCGGCCGUCUCUCUGUCUCUUUCACUCACAAAUAGUCUUCCAGAUAAUUCCGAGCGUCUUUUGCAACACCAAACUGCAGUUUCCAGAAUCCCUAAACAUCAGAAUGUCAUUCUAACAGAUUUAUAAAGUAAAGCAAACAAGGAUUUCACCAGCCGUUGAGAAAUCAGUCCUUGACGAUAAGAUGGAUUUCUGCCAAAGGUCAAAACAAGUGAUUCUUGGUACUGUCGAGGUACUUUACCCUUGUACGUCAGGAUAACGUCCAAAAGUUACUUUUUCCCCCAAUUUGGAAAGCCCAAUUUCCAAUGUGGCCUUAGAAGUAUUUAAUGGCAUUCAAUAGCUGAUCAUGCCUACUUGCUCAUUCUUAAUCAUUUCUAAAUUUACAUUUACAUUUAUGCAUUUGGCAGAUGCUUUUAUCCAAAGCGACUUACAGUGCCCUUAUUACAGGGACAAUCCCCCCAGAGCAACCUGGAGUUAAGUGUCUUACUCAAGGACACAAUGGUGGUGACUGUGGGGAUCCAAUCAGUGACCUUCUGAUUACCAGAUUACCAGUUAUGUGCUUUAGACCACUACACCACCACCACUCCACAUUUCUACUCAUUGUGAUGCAACAAGCCUCUUCCAUUUUGUUCCUCAUAAAUUAGACCUGUGACGUUCUGCACUACCUCAGAUAACCCGAUCACAAAAGCCCUUUUAGAUGGUAAAUGGUCUGCACUUAUAUAGCACCUUUUAUUAACCUUAGAGGUUACCAAAGUGCUUUACACGGCAUCCCAUUCACCCAUUCACACACCAAUGGCAGCAACGCUGCAUGCAAGGCGUUAGUCUGCCAUUGGGAGCAACUUGGGGUUCAGUGUCUUGCCCAAGGACACUUCGGCAUGUGGAGUCAUGCGGGCCGGGAUUCAAACCACCAACCUGGCGAUUAGCGGCCGACCCGCUACCACCUGAGCCACAGCCGCCCGCGUUAGUGUUAGUGAGACUUCCACUAUUCCUUGAUGCGUUGGCCUCUCUUUACCUCGGAUAGACAUUAACUCAAAGAAGAGAUAGCGAGCUUUACUUUAUACAAUCUGUCCUUGGAAACGAGUGUUAGCAGUUCAAUAAGGUUUCAGGUCUCACUUUUGUUCAUUCUAAAACGGCAGCUGUUAUUUACCAAUGUUUGCAUCUUCCUUUAUUAAUUUAGCUUGACAAAACAAAAUGAAUUGUCUGAAUGAUUUGGGCAGUGUUGUGAAGAUAUGUUCUGUUUUGGUUCAUUAUUUCAGUCUUGUUAAGCCUGUAGAUUGUUUGGGCUGAGAAGUACUAUAUUUCCCAUAAUGCAUUUCACCAUUGUCCCUUACAGGGACUUUGAUAUGUCAUAGAACCAGCAAACAAGCUCUGAAUUCCAUAACAUGAACUAUUCAUGAAGUUUAUGCAUAUGCAUUUUUAUGUAGCCUACUGUCAUGUACACUUUUUAAUGCUGAAAAUGCCAUCCUCUGCCAUCCUCUGCCAACAGAAACCUUGAGUUCACUCUCGUAUAGUAACACGUAUCUUUACUCUGUUACCCACAGCUCUUGACGCUGUUUAAACCCUUUUGGUAAACACUGGAAAUCUUGCCAUGACAGAAAUAGUGAUUUAGAAAUGGUUGAUAUGUAAAAAUGACAAAUGAAACUUAUGCAGUUAUUGUUCUAAUAACUGACCCAUGUGUUAUUGAAUAAUUGCAGCAGUGUUUAAAACUCUGCAAAGAUCUAAAUGUUUUGGUUUUUUUGUCAGUAAAUGGUCAAAUUCGUCGAAGGUUGUGACCCUUUGAAACACACUGCCUAUGGAUCUCAUAUUCAAUGAAUAUUUUGGGCAUCAUACUGUCAAAUAUGUCAUUCUUCAUCAAAUGGAGGCUUAAUCCCAAAUCAAAAAAUGGGAAAUCUGAAAAUGUCACACCACAAUAGUUCUCCGUACGUCAGGGCUGGACUGGUAAUCCGGCAUACCGGGCAUUUUCCCAUUGGGCCAACGCACUUUGGGGCCAAUCAGGGGCGGACUGGCCAUCGGGUGAACCGAGCGGGCUGGUGGGUUGGCCGGGAAUGUGCCAAAUGGGCCGCGAUAAGCUUAGAUGAGCCGCCGCGUUAUGCAGAACGGACCACAAAACGGCGAACAACCCCCCUCAACAUUUGGGCCAGUCCAUCCCUGCCGUACGUGCAUUACUUUGUACUGUUUGUCUGCAUGAACAUACUUGAUUUGCACUAACUGCAACCCCAUUCAGAUGGUAGUGUGUCCUCUAUUAGUGUCAGCUAAAGAUCCAGUAGUUCUGCAAUAUAAGCAGUGGGCGCUGUGGUUUUAGUAGAAAUACAUAAGGUGUAACAUUAGCAUUAGCAUACAUUAACAGAUUGCAGCAGCAGAAGUUUCUUUUGUCUCAAACUGACGUGCUUGACAGAAGACGUGCUUUGCAUUUUCAUUUCAAGCCCAAACAAGGUGUAAAACUCCUGGUUUCGUCUCAAACCGCACCGUUGCAUAGGGACAAAUGUGCAUAUGAUUCAGAACAAUCUGAGCACUCUGUAGCUGCCGAUUCAAGACAUCAUGACAUCAAUCAAUGAAAUGUCACUAAACAUUAAGGGUUGAUUGUUUUUAAUCUUUAUCGUGCUUUGUGUUGAUUGUCAUGGAUGUUUGUGUUGUUCAUCUGAUCUGUAUUCAACAGAGAAUCACUAAAAACUGCCUUUUUUAAUAGAGCAAAAGCCCUUUACACAUCAAGGGGUAUGCCAGUAUAUUUUCAAUAUUUUGUGUAAAAAAAAAAAAAAAAGACAAAACAGUUCAAGAUAAAGUGUUGUAUUUUAUAUACAGUAUAAUAGAACAUUUCAAUAUGGUAAUGUCACUAAUAUAUUUAUUUACUAAUAUAUUUAUCCAUUUUGUCCAGGUCCGAGACAAUUCAAAUAUGUAAUUUUUGUAUUUUUUUUUCUCUCUUUUUUUUGGAAUGAUAUCUUUACGAAACGUACAGCUGCCAUCAUAGAUGUAUAAGCCUGGCAUCAUUCCGAUUAUAUACAAAUAAAUUAUUUUGCAAUAUAAAGCGAUUGUAGUGUUUAUUUAUUUGUUUGUUUGUUUGUUUGUUUUCAGACGUUAUGACAAACAUCAAGUCCUCUAAUAGUAAAAGCGCUCACGAAAAUUAGACGCUUCCUAAAUUGCCAAUGUUAGUUUUCCAAUAAUAAAAUAGGAUUUAAUAUUGUGCCUAAAAUGUGUUUUCUGACACAUCUACUGUUUUGUAUUCUAAAUUGUUUGUGAGAUUCACUUCAAAAUUUUGCUCUUAUUUUUAUGCAUAAGUGUAAAAAAGAAUAUAAAUGUAUGUUUUUACUGAAUUUGAUUACACAUACUGUGUGUUAUGUAUAGUAUUGUU